AUGGCGAUUUCGCUGGCCAAGCUGAGGUGUGGCACCGAAAGCUUGGAUCCGAUUGCAAAGGAAUUGGACGAGCGAAGCGACAGCCGACUUGGUGAUUUGACCAGCACCGACGUGAGCAGUUUGGCGAAUGCGCUUUCCAGGGUCUCCGCCUCCUCCAACCAAGCUGGUCUCCUGCAGAAGUUGGCAGACCGCCUGUGUGCAGACGCAUCAUCCACUCUCCUUCCGCCGGUUUCGACGACGAUGGCUCUCAAUGCCUUUGCUGUGGUGAAGCACUGUGAUUCGCAGCUCUUCAACAUCCUUGUAAGUGAAGAAUACAGAGACAAUCAUAGGCCGCGGAAAAAGAAGAAAACGCAUCCAAGGACUGAGGACCUGGCGACGGAGGCCUUUCGAUGCUUUGUUCAGCACUGGCUCUCGCAAGGGCUUUUGGAUGAAGCAGAACCGGAGGACUUGGCGCACCUCGCGAAUUCUGCGGUGAAGCUGAAGAUCUUGGAGGAGAGGGAAGCUAGCAUCCACGAUGAGGAGGAGCUGAACCAGGUUUUAGCAGCUGCGGGUCUUCGAAAUCUUAGCCGGUUCUCAACACCGCAAUUGGCGAUGUUCUCCAGCAGUCUGGCACGGUUACCGAGCACUGGCCGUGAGGCGUUCAUGAGUGUGGUGGCGUUGCGGAUUCUCCCACAAGCUUUGCGAAGUUGCUGCUUUGUAGAUCUGGGCUUGAUCUUGCAGGCGAUGGCAACGUGUGACAUCACCCUUACUAGGGAUGUGGCUACUCUUUGUCAGAAAAGGCUCUCAGAAGUUGCAAAGGAAGAGCUUGCAGAUUUGGCAGCCAACAAGCAAGCCAGAGAUGCUUCAUAUGAAGCAAAACUCAACAGCGCUGCAGCUGCUCUGGAGCGGAUUUCAGAAGCAUCCUUGAAGGUGUUUCUCAUCGAUUUCGAAGGUCUGCCAGGGUUGCUGGCUGCACUUCGGCCCCUGUGUUUGGAACUCUUUGCCCAAAAGGCACUCCGUUUGAGAACCGCCGCGGCCUUGCUCUCCAUGCACGCCCAGCUGCGUUUGCGUCUGGACUCCGACCUCUCCGCCGCGCUCGACGCGGCCGCUUCGGUGUCCACCGGGGCGGGGUCCACCGGCGACAGCUCCGGCCGCGGCGUCGCUUCUCCGGUCUUGGCGGGACGACUCUUGCGGGGCAUGGCACCAGUGGGACAUCCGGUGAAGUCGCUGAUGCUCAUCAUCGACCAGAGCUUCACCUCAUCCCGUGGCUGGCAACGGACCUUGCCGGCCCUAGCGGCAGACCUCUUUGCUGCAGCUUUGCUAGACUUUGCCCACCUUUCCGAGAGCACGGUGAACUCCUUGCUUCAAGCAGCGAAAGUUCACUGUGAAAGCUUGGUUGCUUCCUCGAAUGCAUCGAUGGAUUCCACUCUUCAACUGAAGUGUGCCAGUGAAAUCUCAGCUGCGAGCCAUGCUUGGCUUCGACACGAGGUGCAGAAUCCUGGCGAUGCCAUGUGGUUGGCAGACUGGGCUGAGGAGGUCUUCUCUGCUGCCAAUGGGCCACAGCAUGACUUGGUGCCACCAGUAGACCGAGGACUCUUGCGAUCAGUCUUUGCUUCCAUGGAACCCUCUGAGUAUCAUGUUCAGGUCGAGCUCUUGGCCGCGUGGCCAGUGCAAGGCUUUCGAGCUGACCUCGUUGUGCGUUUCCAAUCGCAGCUGGUAGCCAUCAAUGUGAAUGGCCCAGAACGCUUCUAUGCUGGCACUCAAGAGCCUUUAGCAUCCUGCGGCCUGCGCACCGCUGCAUUGGCUGCGUCAGGGGCAAAGGUGUGUGAGGUGAACUUCUGGGAGUGGCCCACGGAGCCCGCGGAGCAGCGUCGCUGGAUGACGCAACGCUUGGACGAAAAGGGACGAGUCAACGAAUCGGAAGCAGUGAUUGGUACCCCGGUGAACAGCCCUUGUUCCAGUGUGGACUUCUUCGAUGCGCGUGCCGAGUUCGAGAAGAAGUCGUUUGAAGCUGAAAUGGCCCAAGCAAUGGCACAAUCCAGGCUCGAGGAGGAACAACGGCAGAACGAAGAAGGUGGCCCACCCAUCAUAAUCCUCGGUGGUGGACAGCCCGAACCUCCCUCCACCUUCAACGGCUUCCAUGAAGAAGAUCGGUGCUACCGAGCGUGGAACCGUGUGCACCACGCACGGUUGAUGUGCUUCAUUGGAUCAGAUGGCCAGCACUACUUUGAGACGAAUGUCACAAGAAUGCAACAUAUCGUUGGUCAUUGUAUUCAAUGCGGUCAGAACUACAUCAUUUGGCACAAUGGACAGUGGUGGAAGGUCUUUCAAGUCUUCCUUGAAGACAACUCAAGAUGUUUCCACCAUGUGUCGGAUAGCUGCACCCGUGGCUCCAACUGCAACCAACCACAUGGCCGCUCUGGCCAUGAAAGUUCCGAGUCCCUGCAGAACGAGCUGGCGCAGGUGUUGAUGUGCUUUCUCCGAGAAGCGCCACCGGUUCGACGCCCUCGGGCACUUGAUGUCGAGUUCAUCUACGUCUACGUUGGAAUGCCGCCGGCCAGCAUGAAUGAUCAAGUGUCCGAGGUGAAUGGUCAGCCAGCAGCCGCUCACGUGCCGGAAGCCACUUUGGCGGCUCACGAGGAGGAUGAAAAUGCGGAUAUUGAUGGAGUGCCAGAAGCUUCCGGGGCACCAGUUUCUGGGUCUGAGGAAGGUGCCAAGCCAGUGAAUGACCCUGACGUCAGCGAGAAUGAGAGAUUGGCAACUGAGUGA